GAGCGCACUCAGCCAGCUGUCUCCCCAUUGGUCCGCCGCCACGUACUGCACGUUGACGCCGCACCCGGAAGUUGGCGGCUACCUGCUUUGUUAUGUUUUGGUCGGAGUUAAACUAGAGGCAGCGAGAGCGUGGUGAGAGCGGCACAGGACCUCUCGUUAAAUGGGGCGAGCUUUCCCGGGCAUGGAAGAUGAAGGACCCAUAGCUGACCAGUCUACAAUGCCGAGUUUUAUCAGCAGCUUCGAGGACGGGAGGGCCAAAUUGUCCCUCAAUCUGUCGAGUGAAACUUCCUUCUCCGAUGCCAAAGUUGAGCGAUCGGUGAUUGAUUUGACCGGCCGUGUCACCGUGUCGGACUCACAGUUAUCCUCCGUAGAGCUGGACGGGGGCACGGAGGAGCGCACAAGCGAGGAGGAGGAGAAGGAUGCGGAGGGUAACAACAACAACAACUGCAACAGCGGCGGACCGGGCGGGGAGAGGCGCAGGGCCAGCGCAGUGGAAAUAAUACUGAGGAGAAAUUUCGGAACCGUGUCUAAAUCCCCAUCACUUUGUCUAAAUGUUUGCACUCGGACGCCCUGUGAACCAGAGGAUGACAACCACCAAAGAAACACUACAACGAGCGGAGAUGGGACUGGGAAUGAGAAAAAGUCGAGUCAGGAAACGGGCGAACCGGUGGUUAAAAACGAACACACCCUGAGCGAUACAGGGGAUGUAAAAGGAGUUGGAUUUGUUACAACUGAGUGCCAAAAUGUUAGUGAUAAUGAUGGAAGCACAUUAAGUUCAGUCGAGUCUAUUAAUACCAAAGAACACGUGUAUUGCACUGUUUACUGCAUUGCCAACGAUAAAAACUUAAAAGAUUAUGAUUUACCAAACCACUCAAAUGAAACUCUGGCUUUUCCUGACAAUGAGGUGUAUUCUGUUGCUGAAAUGGAAAUGUACCCCAGUUCGAGCCCAGAGCCGGAUUUGUAUACUCUGGAAGACCUGGUGGAUCCAAUCGCAGACUUGUCCCACCGGCUUUCUAUGGAGCAGGCUGGUGCAGAGACUACGGCGCAGCUCUGCCGGGUGUGCCUGGAGUCGAAAACCAUCCUAUCCUUGCCCUGCUGUGGGAUGGCAGUGUGCGAAGAGUGCCUGAGACUCUACGUCAGCUCGCAGGUGCGAAUGGCCAAAGCCUUUGUGAGCUGCCCGAGCCCAGAGUGCAGUGGUUUCCUGGAGGAGGGGCUGUUGUUGUCCCUUCUGACCAGUGAGGAAGUAGCCCGGUAUCGAUACUUUCUGGAACUGAGUCAACUGGACUCUAGCACCAAACCCUGCCCCCAAUGCAACCACUUCACAUCGCUCAAGAAUAACACCCCCAACCGGUCCGAACACAAAUACAAGAUUCAGUGUGAGAGUUGCCAGUUCUUGUGGUGCUUCAAAUGCCACGCUCCUUGGCACAACGGUCUGAAGUGCCGUGAAUACAGGAAAGGAGACAAGCUCCUCCGAACAUGGGCCAGCGUCAUCGAGCACGGCCAGAGAAACGCGCAGAAAUGUCCGCAGUGCAAGAUCCAUAUUCAGCGGACAGAGGGAUGUGAUCACAUGACUUGUGCACAAUGUAACACAAACUUCUGUUACCGCUGUGGGGAGCGCUAUAGACAUUUACGAUUUUUCGGGGACCACACGUCUAACCUGAGUGUAUUUGGCUGCAAGUACCGCUAUCUUCCCGGUAAACCCCAUCUGAGGCGCUUUGUCAGGGGCUCUGUCUGCGCUUCUAAGAUACUGAUAGCACCAGUGGUCAUUGUGCUGGUGGUGGUGCUGGGAGCUCUUGCUCUCGUAAUAGGUUUGGUGGUGUUCCCCAUCUACUAUUUGUCCAAAAAGAAAAAAAAGCAGCACUCUCAGGGUUCUGGACGCUGGAUCUGAAACUUGUCUGGUCUCCUGGCUCCUCUCACAGACCAUGCCCCCACGCAACAAACCGCACCCCUCACAACAGACCACCCCCCCUUCACAACAGACCACACCCAGACACCUCAGGGAGCUUCCAUUCUGAGUCAUCUUGAACAUCUACAGCGUUCUUGGAAGGUACAGGGUGAAUACCGGCCUCUCAGGUAAAAACAGAGGCAGAUUAUAAUUACUACUACUGCACAAUUCAAGCCAAAGGGAAAGACUCUGCUAUCUCUAUACUAUACAAUGAACAUGAAUACCACAUUGCUGACAGUUUUCAACCAGAGAGAUCAUCCAAAUUACAAGCCAAACUCUGUAUCUGAUAUAACACAGGAUUUUAUUAGGACAUAAUGUACUAUAUUAAACUACAAUGAAUAUCAGAUCAGAAGAAGAAACUACCAGAACCUUGAACAUCACAUGCUUUAGUUGCCGUACAAAAGGAGCUAUUUGAAUAGUGUUUGCCCAAACGUUUAGAAGAACAAUGCAAUUUUUAUUUUGCGUCUUUCUUUUAAAAUCAUUUGUCGUUUAAAUUUAUACAAACUUAUUCAUCCUUUAACCCUGAGAUCCAGCCCAUGUUUAUCUGAAAUAAAAGAGCUACUGUGGCCAAUGCAAAACAUGUGGCCAGAUCGAUGUGUAACUAUACCAGUGUAGAUUUUAUAUUUGAGAAGGAUGGUGGUGCAAUUGUGGCUUUUGGAGUUGGCAGAACAAACAAAUCCCCACAAAAGACCUUUGUAAGGCACUGGUAAACGUUCUGUGCAAAUAUGUAAAAGAGCGGUACCUUAAAAUAAUUGUUACUGAUUUUAUUUUUGUUUUCAAGUAUUUCUACAGGGUCUAUUUUUAACUGUAACAGCAGAUUAAAAUAGAUCUGUUGAUGGAAAAAUUAUUUUGCAUAAUGUAUACAUGUCAAGCAACUAAGAGCGCUGUGGCUUUUGCAGUGAAAAGAAAAAGUUUAGUUUAGUGCCAGUAGUUUGUAACUCAUUUACAGUAGUGAGUAGAGCAUCAGUCUGCAGCAGUAAGCCGCAGAUUUCUUGGAGCAUUAAGGGUCUUGAAAGGUCUGUCUGGCUGCAGUCCACCUGCUGUCCACCAUUAUCCUCUGACCUCUCUCUGCUGCGUGGCUUCUCUGUCUCUUCCUCUCUGUGCCUUGGCCUCUGCUUCAGUGUGAGUGCUUCAGGACUGGUUCACUGAUGACCUCCUUAGAGAGCAGGGGAACACAGGGCUCAGCUCAGAGGCACAUCAGCUGCUGGAACCACUGCUGCCACUGUCAUGUACUGAGAGCUUGGACCUCCACCAAACACAAGAAUGUGCAUCUCCGUACAUUAUGUUUUGCAGUGACAUUAAAGACAACAAUAGUGAUCUUUGGACUGCUUCAAUAACAAUGCACUUACUUUUUUUCCUGAAUCUAAUGAGGAAGUACCAAGUUCAAACCAGAACUACAGAAAUGGAGGAACAAGCAGUUACUGCAUGCAUAUUGCAUAUUGCACUUUGCAGUGCCAUUAGUUUGCUUUACAAAAAACAGACAUUUUACCAUGAGCUGGAACACCCAGCGCUCUGCAGAGUCUGUGCUGUGUGAGACGAAAUGACUCGGGGAUCGAAUACUCUCAGGGAGUUAGUGUUCUCUCUCCACAAAGCUCUCCAUCUGCAUCAUUGUGCUGCAAACAUGCAGUUUUUAAAUGUUUCCCUGUGCUUUUGCCAGAGUUGUGUAAUAGCCAGCCCAGGAAGUAAAACUCAGAAUCACUGCAGUGUCAAAAAUAAGUUUAGUCAACAUUUUGUGUGUGCUUAUCUCUGCCUAAAAUUACUGAUCAGGCCAAAAUGGGUAAAUAUGUUAUAGUUCCACUCAAUAUGGUUGCGUGGUUUUAUGGAACUUGAACAUUUUAAGUAUGUUGCUGACCAUGUUAUGACAUGGUGCACUACAGGGUCAUGUUUAGCACCACUUUAUCGGGAUCAUAAGUACCAUUACACAAAUGUGAUUUAUAAUUUUAUUGUGUCUAUAACCCCAGCCAGGUCAACAUAAGAUGCUGCUGUUAUGCAACCACACAGAAUGCCUAAGAAGCUGAUCCAAACAUCUAAUUUUUAUGUUACUUCCUUUUGUGAAUGUAUUACAAAAGCACAGAAAAAUGUAGUGCUUAAUGCUUUGUACAUGGUUAAAAUAAAUAAUUAGUCAUCUACAGUCACUGACUAAAUGACAUACUGUAUACCGGUAAGUUACUGGUGUGUUACUGAUGAAUAAUGUCUCUCAACCCUCAGAUAAUAAUUAUUUACUGAUAAAUUUAAAUGUCUACAUUUGCCAGGCACUAUUUUUAUUUAACAAUGUAUGAAAAUAAAAUAUACUAAUGUCAAAAACUUAA